AGCCUACAACCGCAAACCGCAGCAGCCAUGUCGUCUUCCUCCAACUUCUUGAUACCUGCAAUGAAGCGACUGAUGAAGCCGACCCAGAAGCUUAAGCCGGGUCUGCUCCCCAAAAACAUCAUCCCAAAGAACAAGUGGACGAUCUUGCGAGGGGACAAGGUGCACGUGGUGAACGGGCACCACACCGGUGAGGUCGGGAUCGUUCAGGCCGUGAUCCGAAAACAAAAUCGCAUCAUCGUUGAAGGGGUCAACAUGCGCAAGUACAACAAGAAGCCGGAGGGAGGGGGUAGAGGCACUACCGUUACGCGGGAAGCGGCGAUCCACGUUACCAACGUCAACCUCGUGUGUCCCGAGACGGGGUUUCCGACGAAGGUAUCGUACAAGUUUUUAGAGGACGGCACUCGGGUGCGGGUAGCCAAGAGGAGCGGGGCCGUCAUCCCGAGACCAGAGAUCCUUACGGUCCGGCGGAAACCCAGGAGCAACCUCACGGGUCCCAAGGACACAGUGAAGGAAGACGUGGAGGAGGUUACCUUCCGAGGUCUAGAUGAGAACGGCUUCGAGAACCCGCCUUGAGCAGCUUAGCUUGCGUUCUUUUGCGUCUUGUUGUAAUGGUGCGGCCGGCGGUUGCUUUUAAGGGGGUUCUGCUGAGUGGGGUGUUUUGGCCAUGAGCAAACAUGCUGUUCUCGCACCGGUUCUAUUGACACUACGGUUGAUUUUGUGUUUCGCGUUCGCUGCUGAACGAUGUGUGUGGUGUCAAGAGGAGUGAAAAUGGCUAUUUCGUUUUUGACCGCCCUUUGGUGCCAGUCUUCUCAUCAGCUGUUCGUUUUAUCCCUUGCGUGGGACCCUCUGCUACAUGGGUACCUACGGCGGCAUUGCGGCAGGACGAGAGGGAAGCACGGCUUGGGGCCGGCGGUACUACCGUGCCAGUUCGUUUUCUCAAUACCGGGGAACCUUUCACGUGCAAUUUUUUUCCCGGAAAAACUUUCACUCCACGGGUGGGGGCGCGGGGGCUGGGGCGACCUUCUAUUUCCGGAUUACCCGGCGUGCCUGCUGCAUGUCGUGCGGUUUGCUUGGCACUGCUUUCCGGCGUGUCACGUGUUCGGGCACGGCGACGGCGGUGGGGGGGCAGGGAGGGACAACCUCAUUAGGUUGGGAGUCAGCGCACAGGGGUGCGACCUAUUUUCAAAGCGUCAUUUAUCCACAACCAGGAGGCUACAGUACCACUGUCCAAAUGGGCCGUUUUGAAAGUGUCUCAUCGAGAGCUUUCGUGAGAAGUAUCAGUUGGCACUCGCACCCUCCUGGUCGUGGAGGAAGUACGCUUUGAAAAUCGAUCGCACCCCUGUGCUCUAGCUGACUCCCAACCUUACGGUGUUGAUUGCGACGAGUGAGAGUGAAUCGUUGCUUCACGACAAGGCUGUCCGUGACAAAGGUGAAGGAAGGGGGUGGAGUUGCCUCUGCUGUAGGUGAGCACGUGAAUGGUGAUCAUUUGGUUUUGCGGGUUUCCCGGUGGCGACUCAAACGGGGAAUCAAGCGACCCUCACAGCAAGUUCUCUUUGACGAUGACAGAUGAAACACGCGGCGUAUGAACCGGUUGUGUCGGAAAGCAAGUAGC